CGCUUGCGUUUCGAAAAAAGAGUCCGCCAUGUUGAGUUGUACGUACUACUGUUGGCGCCAUUGUACGGAAGCAGUGAGGUUCCCUCUCUCUGUCUGUCUCUCUCUCUCUCUCUCUCUCUCUCUCUCUUGCUGUGUCCACGUAUUUGUCUGUGUAUACACUGCUCUCCGGAUGUCAACGUUCACCACGACCGGGCAGAAAAGGAAGCUGGGCGGAGAGUGUCAUGCAAGGAUGGAUGACUUCCUUCCCCCAGGCGGCAAGGACCACAAUACACCUGAAACGGAUCGAAACAGGGGUCGGACUGUAGUUAGCGACCGAGAACAUAUAGGCAGGCUAACAGAGGAGGUGCAUAAGCAGAAAGUACUGCUUAGUGAGAUGUCAGACGAACUACGCCGCGUCAAGUCGCUUCUCGACGAAAUGACGGAAACUGCGGAGCACAGGAUGUUCACCGUGUUCUGGUUGUUGCUUGACAACCCGAAAGAUAUACUAGACGUUACUCGUCUGAGGGAGGACAUGUCAGCCAGACUUCAGGCAAUUGUUGAAAUGAAUAACACCACGUUCGACGAGUUUCAGGCAUGGCUGGAUAUUGAAAAGGAAAGGCGCACCGCCGUCUUGAAGUGGUUCUCCGCCCAUGUCACGAAGACAACAAACAGGGAAUCAGACGGAGGGGAUGUCAUGUGUCUUGCCAGCUGCGAAAAGUGUGUGCUCAUGGAGGGGUGGGCAUCGUAUAAUUCCCAAGAUUACAACACAGGUUCGCUACCUACGACGACACGCAGCGUCGUUGACCUCUUAGCCUUCGCCGAGGACUGCAUUCGCCACUGUUCGAAAACUGUUGACGAGCACGGUCUGAGUGAAGUGCGUGUCGGGUCUGUUAAUGACGAGUUUUCUCAAAAAAUAGCGACUCUGCUGAGCAGUUGUUCCGACGUAAUGGAUGUCCUGCAACACACUCGAGGCAGGAUGUUGGCUGGGGAACUGACGGUGACAUGUACGGAAGGAGAUGUUAUGGGAUGUGGAGAAGGUGAAACGAAGAAGGGAAGAGAGGAACCUGACAAACCAAUCGGAGUGUGUUCGGGGAAUGGGGCCACUCUUGGGAAGGAUGCGCCUGCGCCACAUGUCGUGUUUGCGUGCAGUGAUGUUGCCGCACUGAAAUCUCACCACGUGCGUCACAACUUCCCCUGCGUGCUUGCCAGAAAAGCACCUUCGGCUGUACCAGAAUCUUCUGUUAUGCCUUUGACGACGGAAAUUUUUGAAAAUUUCGUUGCUGACGCAAACUCUCAACAAAUGGCGAGGCUGGUGGUGGACUGUUUUUCGCAUAUAAUUUCAUAUAUCAAAGAUAUAAUGGGACCGGUGUUACUGAACGCGGGCCGUCAUGGAGCGGAAAAAAACUGUGAAUAUUGCAGGAAAGGACUUGACAUCCAUGAGCGCUUGGAAACUCUGUACAGAAGAUGUCAAAUUGUGGCAGCGCGGGUCGUCAGGGUAGCAUGAUCUCUCUCUCUCUCUCUCUCUCUCUCUCUCUCUCUCUCUCUCUCUCUCUCUCUCUCUCC